AUGCGUUAUUUUGAAGAAGAUUCUUCAGACGGUAUUAAAUCAGUUGAAAGUUUGAGUGAGGAAGAAAAUUUAAAUGGUAAGGAUAGCAGUGCUGAUGAGGUAAUUGUUCAGUCAAAGAUCUCGCCAAGGUGUGAUGUUUGUGGUUUACUUCAUUUUAAAAGUUAUCGCUGUGUGACGCGAGUUUCAUCUCCAGCCUAUAUUCGUCAAGCUUUCGACGAUAAUUAUCAUAAGUUGCGUGUCUGUCGCAAGUGUCUUACGUCGAAAGAAAAUUGUAUUGAAAACGUUGCAAUUUCCAAUUUAACUCGCUACUCAGACAAGAUCCGGCAGAUGAAAAUACCUUUAGGAAUGACGAGCAAUCGAAGGACAAAACCGUUCGAGCUUGUGGUUCGUAAUUUACACCAUAUCAAGUUUAGUGAUUUUCACAGACCUGAUGACUUGGAAUGUUUUGAAGAGUUUGAUUCAUACUCCUCGAUUGUUGACAAUACGUCACAAACGUCGAAAAAAACUUUAUUGCAAAGGUUCCAUAUGGACGAUCCGAUACUAAAGAAUUUAUUCUUGAAAGAACUCAACUUGUGUUCCACGGAAAUGUUGAAGAAUGUUUCAAGAAAAGAAGAAAUUAGUGACCGCCCCAAUGGUAAUAACGCAAUGCAAAAGUCCCAGCCAAUGAAUAAAGAUAUUAAGCCUGUAUUUAACCAUUCAGAAGAGGUUCGAUCUCUGUAUCACGUGGCCGCCAAGAAUGUAGUUUCAAGUAAUAUUCCUGAGAAAAAGCUUGGUGAAGGUGCCGUGAAGUAUGUCAAUCAUGAUCUUGUUGUGAGUACUAAACGUGCUUGGAAACCGAACAAAAAAUAUGAUAAUCUCUGUAAAGUUGGAAAGCCUAAUAUGAAGAAAUUGCUGAAAAAUUGUGAUACAGGCAAGACUACAGGUAUAACAUGUUCUUAA